UAUGAAUCGAACGGUGUUGUUGUUCAGUCUAUUUAUAAUUUUGAUAUCGAGCCCUGUUUCAAAAUUGGCAGGUUAUAGAACGUAAAACUUUCAGAUCGAGAAUCCUAAAAGUACAUUUUUGAUUUCUCCUCGCCGUCGUUUUGAAAACAUCGGAAAUGCACAAUUGUUUCGAUCAGUAAUAUGGAUCGUGCGUAAUAUUCUUUUCGAAAGGUUUAACACGCUAAUGUGAAGGUGGAGGUUAUUGUGAGAAAUAAAAAAAUGUUAUGAGUGCAAAUAUUACUAAAUUCAUUAUACUGGUUAUUGAAUAGGUCCACUAUGUAGAAAAUUUGGGAGGUAGUGACUUAGUGUAUGGGUCCCAAGACCAAUCUACCCAAGUGAGUUUUCCAUCGUCCUUGAGGAAGAAACCAAGAACCAUAAGGCGAUUUCCCACUUCAGAAGAUAUCUACUAUCGAAAUCGUCCACCACAAAUGUCUAGUACAAUCAACUGGCAAAAUACAAAGCAGCCAACACUGCCCAGACCAAAAUCUCUAAAUUUCACUCCAGAACAACCAAGAUCUCAGGUGAAAAUCUACUCCAUAAGCGACAGUCCCAUCUCAAGGUCUUCAGCAGGCAACGAAAGCAAUUAUUCCCAGUUUUCACCUUCAAAAGAAAGACAAAACGUAUAUUCUUGCUCCUCUAGUCUUGUAUCCAACUCCAAGAGUGGUCCCAAAAGUGGUAGUACACAAAAGCUGAUCCAUUUACAAAUAGACGAAGAGAUCAGCGCUUGCAGUUGUAAGUGUUCAUGCAAGAGUUCCUCAGACAUGACUACCCAACAGAUGAUCCACUUCAACGAGAGGCAAAGUCUUUCUUGGAGAAGAUUACACAUGUCUAGAGCAAAGUUAAAAGCUACAUCCGCCACGUCAGAGCUUUUGUCCGGGUUUGCAAUGGUUGCCAUGGUAGAGCUACAAAUAAACGAGCCUACAGGUGUGCCCGAGUGGUUGUUUGUCAUAUUCGCAGUGUGCACUACAGUUCUAGUAUCAGUGCAUAUAUUUGCCCUGAUGAUUUCGACAUAUAUACUUCCUAAUAUCGACGCCAUAGCAAAGAUGGAGAUAUGUGAGUGGGUUUCGGAGAGUCCCCAUGAAAGAAUGCGAGGGUUUAUAGAGAUAGCGUGGGCCUUCUCCACUGUCCUAGGUUUAUUUUUGUUCCUUCUAGAGGUGGCUAUAUUGUGUUGGGUCAAAUUUUGGGACUAUUCCUUCCCAGCAGCAAUCGCCGCUACUGUGAUAGUGAUCCCAGUUCUAAUUGUUUUCGUACUGUUUGCUGUACAUUUUUACCAUUCCCUGGUAGUGAUUAAGUGUAAUUCUAGUUUCAAUGACAUGGUCCAGUUAGAAGAUAUGAAGAAACAUUUAGACAAUAUAAGUAGCCCAGUUUAAAAUGGUUCCUUCAGUAUUGUACCCAUUUUGUAUAUUGAAUGAUUUGUUGGUAGAUAGGUUUUAGCUUUAAUCCCUAGUUAUUAAAAGUGAGUUUCAUUUGCAUAAACUUGGAUAUUCAUUAAGGCUGUGAAGAAACCAAACCAAGUUGGAGCUUGUUCAACAUCUGCUCAUUAAGAGUGUAAAGGAAUAAAAUGUUUACUAGUCUA